AAACAGUAAUUUUGUUAUGUUGGGUGCAAAUAUUAUAAUACUUUCUUUAGCAGCACUUGUUGCAGCCGACUGCAAUUUAUCUGAAGAAUUAAAAAAUGAAAUAGCGUCUUAUGCAACUACAGUUGACUUAAUCAUCACCGCCGCUACUAAAGGAAGCUUUAAAGGUGUUACCUAUAAUGAAUUAGCAAAAUUUGUAGAUAGAUUUGGUGGACGCAAAGUAGGAUCAAAAACUUUGGAGGAUUCGAUAGAUUAUAUGUUAAAUUUAUCACUGGCUUAUGAUUUACAGAACGUACAUGGAGAAGAAGUGGAAAUACCCGUAUGGGAGAGAGGAUCGGAGUCUGCUGUAUUAAUAGAACCUAGAACCAAAGACAUUCGAAUGCUUGGAUUAAUCUAUAGUGUUGCUACUCCAGUAGAAGGUAUUCUAGCAGAGGUUUUAGUAGUGAAAUCAUUUGAUGAGUUAAAGGAAAGAGCUGCUGAAGCGAACGGCAAGAUCGUGGUUUUUAAUGAAGACUUUAUCAGUUAUGGUGAAACAGGACAAUAUCGUGGUUACGGAGCAAUUGAGGCAGCUAAAGUUGGAGCUGUUGCCACUUUGAUAAAAUCAGUGAGUCCUUUUUCUCCUGCUAAUCUUCACACAGGUAUUCUUGCAUACGACGACAGUAUUACUCCCAUACCUGCUGCCUGUAUUGCUUCUAAUGACGCCAAUAUGUUGCAAAGAAUGCAAGAAAGAGGGGAAACUAUUAAGAUUCUUUUAAAAAUGGAAGCUAAAAUGUUGCCUAAUCAAAUAUCACGAAAUGCCGUCGCAGAACUUAAAGGAAAUAUAAACCCGGAAAAGGUAGUCAUUGUUUCUGGUCAUAUAGAUUCUGUGGAUGUUGGAGACGGAGCGAUGGAUGAUGGUGGUGGAGUUUUCAUUUCGUGGGCAGCUGCAGCUUUACUCAAUUCUUUGGGACUUAAGCCUAGAAGAACUAUACGAGCUAUCUAUUGGACAGCAGAAGAGGUAGGAGGAGUUGGUUUAACUGCUUAUCAACAAGUUCACAAAGACGAAAUUGAAAAUUUCAACUUUGUUAUGGAUACCGAUGUGGGAACGUUUACUCCUUUGGGUAUUGAAUAUGAAGCUGGGGAGAAUGGAGGAUGCAUAUUGCAAGAAAUAAUGCAAUUGUUAACAUCGAUUAAUGCAACUCAAGCAAGAUCUGUUGAAAUGGGUCUUUGGCCGGAAACCCCAACGGCUUCUUUAUAUAAUGCAAACGAACAAUAUUUCUGGUAUCAUCAUUCACCUGAAGAUACUAUGGACAUUGAAGAUACCAACGCAUUAGAUAAAUGUACUGCUGUCUGGAGUUCGGUGGCGUACGUUUUGGCUGAUUUGUCUGUUGAUUUUCCAAAAGACUAAUAUUUUCUCUUCACUAUUAAUUCUGUAUUACUAAUGUUGAUUUCCACUUUCACUUUGGUUACAAUAUUUGUCAAAGAAUGAAUAAAUGCGCUGUAUAUAUAUUAUA